GCUGGCCCCAUAGCUCCCACCGCUGGCCCCAUAGCUCCCACUGCCGGCCCCACAGCUCCUACAGCUAUGGACAGCGUCCCGAGGAGGUGGGUCCUGAAGCCUCUGUCCCCUCUGCUGCAGCUCUCAGACCUGCGCACAAUCGCUGGCGCUGCCCCCAGCGCCUCCUCCCCCGCAGACCCUUUGGUCUUAACCGCCGACAGCAUCUCUGUCACUCGCAGUCAGUCAUCUGUAGUUGUCUCCUCACAGUGGGGUGGCUGUACCGGGGACGUGGUGGUUCAGGCCCGGCAGUUGCCGGUAUCACAGGAUGGAGGGAGCACUAGUGACGAGUGGCAUUUCAGCAGUCCCAGUAACCACAGCAGUCCCAGCAGCAGCUCGGGCUCCCUCUGCGGGUUCUACUCAUUUGUGGAUGAUCCAACGAGUCCAGAGGCCGAGCUGAACGAGGCCUGGAUGGUCUCGCCGCAACGGCAGGCUCAGCUGGCAACCCUGAAGGAGGAGCGAGGAUUUAAACUGCAGACCUACAGCGGCAGCAGGAAGCCAGAGAGUCUGUUCACCGAGAGCAAUGGAGACUCGCAGUACAGAGCGGACCUGAGCGCUGAGGAGGUCCCGCCGGAGGAGGAGCGGCAGUUGCGGCAGGAGAUCAUACGCAGCCAAGCACCAAAGAAGAACCCAACAUUCAGAGACCAACUGAGCGCCCUGGAGGAUCUGGAUCUGAGCAGAGGUUUCAACGUGAGCUUCAGUCCUGUCAGACCCAGCCCCCCUGGCCCCCCCAGCCCCGCGGUGUCCAGGGAUGUCGACAAGGAUCAGAUCAGCUUCAGCGCUGCCCGGCAACAGUUCCUGAAGAUGGAGCAGGAGCGUCUGACCGCAGCCUGCAGCCCUCUGAGGUCCUCCAGGACGCUCCUGAACACGUCUCUGCAGCUGCGUCCCGACGAGUCGCCGCAGGCCAAGACGCAUGACGAAACGCACACGGAGAUGCUCGACGUAGACUCAGUGUUCAAAUCAGCAGAAGAGGAGGUGACACUCCCACAGAGGAAGGUGACAGUGGUCCAGAAGGAGGAGUCUCUGAGCCGGCAGAGCAGCGUGUUCGAUGACCUAGACUCCGGCCCGGAGGAGCCGUCUGUAGAGGUGGGCGGCGGCUACGCCAGCGACGAAGGCGUGUUCAAUGCUCAGCAAGAGGACCGGAGCCACAGCUCCAGGAGCGACUACGAGACCCCAAUCGAGAGGGAGAUCCGGUUAGUUCAGGAGCGCGAGGAGAACCUGCGGCGCUCUCGGGGGCUGAAGCACAGUGACAGCAAAGACGAGAUCGUCCAGAUCAAAACCAAACGUCUGCAGACGCCGUCGCCAGCGAUCAGAGCCAAAGACAAGAACCGAGUCAGCUUCAUCAUCCAGAGGGAGAUCCAGCAGCAGGGAGGACUCAGUCCAGAUCCUCCACAGGAGCUGGAGGACAUGAGGAGGGAGUCAGACCAGCAAGAGGAGGACAAGAGGACAGAAGAAAGACCUCCGUCUGAUGCUGAAGACAUCCUGUCCCCCUGUUGUCCUCAUCGCCACCCUGAAGACAGCCAGUGGUCCCUAAGCAGGACCAGUUCCUCCUCCUUCUCUGCAAGAGACCCUGAAGGACUCAGAGGUCCAGCCUCUGCCUCCUUCCACUCCUCCUCCUCGUCCCCGACUCCUCGACGUAACACGACCUCAAGCAUGGCGCGGUCCUGGAGGGAGACUCUGGAGUCCACCGGCCUGCAGUCCAGAGGGAGAGGAGCACCAGACUUCAUAGAGAAGGAGAUCGAGGAGGCACUGAGACGGGAGCAGGAGCUAAAGGAGCUGAGGGAGUCCAGGGAGGACACCGAUGGACAGCUCCUCUCUCCAGCUCCUCUUGUGGAGCAGGCAAACAAGAUGGCCGUCAGCCAGUUCUACCCACCUGUGAGCACAGGUACAUCCUCCUCUUUGUCCUCCUUCUCCUGCUCUCCUCAUGCUCCUCCUGCUCCUCCUCC